GGCAAAUAACCUCUUUUUUUUUCUUUUUCUUUUUUCUUUUUACCCUCUAGGUUUGUGGAUACCCCCCUGGCUGGGCUUCAUGGAGAAAUCUUCACUGAUCACCAACCUGAAUCCCAGAACAGACCCCGUCUUUCCAUGGACAGAAUGAGAGGUCUUCUGUAACCAGGCAUAACUGGCCAUCAUGGGGAAAUUGAUCAGAAUGGGAACAUGGGAGAGGCGGUUACUCCGGCCAAAGCGGUUGCGUUGGAGUCGCCUCCUCUUCCUGUUGGGAAUGUUGAUCAUCGGUUCCACCUACCAGCACCUGAGGAGCCCCCGGGGCCUUCCCUCACUGUGGGCAGCAGUGUCCUCCCAACACCCUGUAAAACUGGCCAGCCGUGACCUGCCCAACGAUGAUAUGAUGAUGGUAAGGAGUGACCCUCCAAGAGCUAGCUCUGAAAUGGCAGGUGACACAUUGGUGUCCCAAGCUACAGUGGGCAGGGAUGAAGCAGCACCUGGCAUAGCAAUGGAGAAUACCCCCAAUCCACCCAGAAGGACAGCCAACACCACUCCAACAAUACCCAAGAAUAACUACAGCCUAACAGCAGCAGACACAGAAAGAAUGAAGGAAGACACCACAACCACACCCAGUAGAGUACUGAAUCACUACACCCCAACUUCAAGCAGGCCAACAGUAAAGAAUCAUACCCCAACAACACCACCCGGGAGAGAAAAGCAAAGCUACCACCCAACUGAGGCCGGGGGAAAGGUGAAGAAAUACACCCCAUCUCCACUUGUUAGACUAGUAGGCAAUUAUGCCCCAUCCACACUUACGACAAUGACAAAGAGCCAUGGGAUCACCCCCAGAACAACACUGAAAGAUAGUGAAACUAUGACAACCACCAAAAUAUUGGAGGCCAACCCUUCCAAGAGAAUAGUAGAGGAAACCCCCCCAACUACUGUCAAGGGAAUAAUUCAUAAAACCCCAACUUCCCUGAUACAUGACAUAGAAACAAACAUCUUGACUUCUCCAAGGAGUAUGACAGAAAAGAACACCCUGACUACUCCCAGAAGAGCGGACAAUAACAGAUCAACCAAGCCCUGGGGGUUAGUGGGAAAGAACGAGCUGACAACUCCCCUUGGAACGGUCCUGGAGCACACCACAGCCAUCUCUGAGGGGCAAGUGACAAUACACAGCACAACAGGCAGUGGCCCAACAGAAACCAAAGCCUCUACGGCCUGGACUAUUAGGAAUCCCUUGUCUAGAACCAGUGCGUUGACCUUCGGAGUAUCUUCCACCACCUUCCGGGGGUUGGCAAAGAAACCUUCUACAGCACCCAGUACCUCACCAACCUCGGAGGUCAGGGCAAAUCCAACCAUCCAGGUCCAUCACUGUGUGGUUGUGGAGCCAGCCCCAGCGGUGCCCCCUGCUCCCUCCCCCAGCCUGACAAGAGCUACGAUCCUGGAGGCAUCCAGUUCCAGUCCCUCAGCAUUGCCUCCUGGCUGGCCAGACCUUCACUCCAAGGCAGAGUACCCCCCGGACUUGUUCAGCAUAGAGGAACGGCGACAGGGAUGGGUAGUCCUGCACAUCUUUGGCAUGAUGUACGUGUUUGUGGCCUUGGCCAUCGUGUGUGAUGAGUACUUUGUCCCAGCCCUGGGUGUCAUCACAGAUAAACUACAGAUCUCUGAUGAUGUGGCAGGUGCCACCUUCAUGGCUGCUGGAGGCUCUGCCCCCGAGCUCUUCACCUCCCUCAUUGGCGUCUUCAUCUCCCACAGCAACGUGGGCAUCGGUACCAUCGUGGGCUCUGCUGUGUUCAACAUCCUCUUUGUCAUCGGCACCUGUGCCCUCUUCUCCCGGGAGAUCCUCAAUCUCACAUGGUGGCCCUUAUUCCGUGAUGUCUCUUUCUACAUCCUUGACCUGAUAAUGCUCAUUCUCUUCUUCCUGGACAGCCUCAUUGCCUGGUGGGAGAGCCUGCUGUUGCUGCUGGCCUAUGCUUUCUAUGUGUUCACCAUGAAGUGGAAUAAGUGGCUCGAGGUCUGGGUGAAGGAGCAGCUCAGCAGGAGGCCAGUGGCCAAGGUCAUGGCCCUAGGGGACCUCAGCAAGCUCCCGGCAGUACUCCCAGCGGUGCUGACCCGAGGGAGCAGCUCGGCCUCUCUGCACAACAGCACCAUCCGCAGCACCAUCUACCAGCUCAUGCUCCACAGCCUGGACCCCCUGGGAGAAGCCCGCCCCUCCAAAGACAAGGAGGAGGAGGAGAGCUUGAGUCAGGAGGCCAAAGCCAAGCCUCACGCUAAUGCAGAGAACGAACCAGAAGAGGAGGAGCCAGCCGAGCUUCCUGCGGUCACAGCCUCGCCAGCCCCCGCUCCGGAUGUCAAGGGAGAUCGGGAGAAGGAUCCCAGCAGUCAGGAAGGAGACGUGGCUGGAGCUGAGAGCACAGGUGAAGUGAUAGGUGAAGAGGCUGAAGCUCCUGGUAGAGGUGAAAAUGGACCACAAGGUGGAGGUGAAACUCAACUGGAAGGGGAAGGUGAAAUUGAAGCAGAAGGAGCAGGUGAACCUGAAGGUGACAUGAAAGCGGAAGGGGAAGGAGAAGGUGAACAUGAAGGUGACAUGAAAGUGGAAGGGGAAGGAGCAGGUGAACCUGAAGGUGACAUGAAAGUGGAAGAAGGUGAAGGUGAACAUGAAGGUGACAUGAAAGCGGAAGGGGAAGGAGCAGGUGAACCUGAAGGUGAAAUCAAAGUGGAAGAAGGUGAAGGUGAACCUGAAGGUGAAAUUGAAGAAGGAAAAGGCACCAAUGAAUGUGACGGUGAAGGUGAACUCCAGGCAGAAAGAAAAGUAACUGAUGAAGGUGGAGGUGAACUCCAAGCAGAAGAUGGUGAAACGAAAGCUGAUGAGGGUGAAAAUGAAGAGCAGGAACUCAAUGCUGAAAGUCAAGGUGAAGCCAAAAGUGAUGAGAAAGGUAGAGAUGGUGACGGGGGAGGCGAAGGAGGUGGAAGUGAAGAUGAAGAGGAGGAAGAAGAUGAAGAGGAGGAAGAAGAGGAGGACGAGGAGGAGGAAGAAGAGGAGGCAAAUGAGGAGCCUUUGUCCCUGGAGUGGCCCGAGAGCAGGCAGAAGCAGGCCAUUUACCUGUUCCUCCUGCCCAUUGUGUUCCCGCUGUGGCUCACAGUGCCCGACGUCCGGAGGCUGGAGUCUAAGAAGUUUUUUGUUUUCACCUUUCUGGGAUCCAUCGUGUGGAUAGCCAUGUUCUCAUACCUCAUGGUAUGGUGGGCUCACCAGGUUGGUGAAACAGUAGGGAUUUCUGAAGAGAUAAUGGGUUUGACGAUCCUAGCAGCAGGCACAUCCAUUCCUGACCUCAUCACCAGUGUGAUUGUCGCUCGGAAAGGCCUGGGAGACAUGGCUGUGUCAAGUUCUGUGGGCAGUAACAUAUUUGAUAUCACCGUGGGCCUGCCUGUCCCUUGGCUGCUCUUCUCUCUCAUCAACGGAUUACAGCCGGUGCCGGUCAGCAGCAAUGGCUUGUUUUGUGCAAUCGUUUUGCUUUUUCUCAUGCUCUUGUUUGUGAUCUCUUCAAUCGCAUCGUGCAAAUGGAGAAUGAACAAGAUCCUGGGCUUCACAAUGUUCCUCCUUUACUUUGUAUUCCUGAUAAUCAGCGUGAUGUUAGAAGAUCGAAUCAUUUCCUGUCCUGUAUCUGUCUGA